AUGUCAGCAAAAGAUUUAGAAAUGAAGCCAGUGGUUUCUGAGCUCAGAGGAGAUUUUUCCGGUUCAGUAUCGGACUCCGAAACACCUGCUAACAAUAAUGACAUGGGUAAAUGGGAUCGCUUUAAAGAUUCGUUUAAGAGACAAGAAGUUUCGCAUGGUGAUGAAGGUAAAAAAUUGCAAAAAGGGAUCAGUAAGAGACACUUAACACUUAUGGCCCUUGUUACUGGUGUUGGUACCGGGUUGCUUGUGGGUUCAGGUAAGGUAUUGCAUGUUUCUGGUCCAUUAUUUUUGAUAGUUGGUUACGCCAUCGUUGGGUCGUUCUUAUAUCCUACUUUACAAGCGGCCGGGGAGUUGGCUGUGAAUUACAGUAGUCUUUCUGGUGGGUACAAUAACUAUCCUCGUAAGUUCCUCGAUGAAUCCAUUGCAUUUGCGGUUACUUGGAAUUACUGUAUUCAAUGGUUGUCAGUUAUUGCUGUGGAAUUAGUCACUGCUGCCAUGACCAUUCAGUACUGGGAUCAGAACACAAAAUACAACCCUGAUAUCUGGGUGUCAAUUUUCUUUGUGGUCAUUUUACUCAUCAACUUUGUUGGUUCCAAGGGAUAUGGUGAAGGUGAGUUCGUUUUCGGAAGUAUCAAGUUAUGUAUGAUUUGUGGUUUCAUUCUCAUGGCUAUUAUCGUCAAUUGUGGUGGUGGGCCUGUUGGUUUUAUUGGUGGUAGAUAUUGGCACAAUCCUGGGUACUAUACCAACUUCAAGGGGUUGUGUAAUGUUUUCGUGACUGGUGCCUUUUCGUUGGGUCAAUCUGAAUUCGUUGCUUUAUCUGCGGCUGAACAGCCUAACCCUAGAAAGGCUAUCCCUGCUGCCUGUAAGUUAAUUUUCUGGAGAAUUUUAAUCUUAUUCUUGGGUUCGUUAACAAUGGUUGGUCUUAUGGUUCCAUACACUUCAGACAAAUUAAUGGGUUCUGCUGGUGGUGCUAACCAUGCUUCUCCAUUUGUACUUGCUGCUGAAUUACACAGUGUUAAAGUUGCUCCAGAUAUUAUUAAUGCCGUCAUUUUGUUGUCCGUCACUUCUGUUGCAUCAUCCGCUUUGUACUCGUCCUCAAGAACUUUACAGUCCUUAGCUGAACAAGGUUUUGCGCCAAGUUAUUUCAACUAUAUUGACAAGGCUGGUAGACCUUUAAGAGCAUUAGUUGUUUGUUCUAUUGUUGGUUUAUUCUCAUUCAUAGCUGCCUACAAAAAAGAAGAAGAAGUUUUCACCUGGUUGUUAUCUAUCUCUGGUUUAUCGCAAAUCUUCACUUGGAAUAUCAUUGUUGUAUCCCAUGUUAGAUUUAGACAAGUCUUGAAGCAUAACGGUAUCUCACUUGAUUCGUUAGGUUAUGUUGCGUCUACGGGUGUAUGGGGUUCGGUUUACGCAAUUGUAUGGCAUUGGUUGAUUUUAAUUGCGCAAUUCUACAUUGCGUUGUUCCCUGUUGGAUCUAGUACCCCAGACGCCCAAAACUUCUUCGAGAAUUAUCUUGGUGCUUGUGUUUUAAUCUUUUUCUAUGUUGGUCAUAAACUUUGGACUAGAAAUUGGAAGUUGUACAUUAAGACCAGCGACGUCGAUAUUAAUGCCGAUAGAGUUAUAUUUGAUGAAGAAGUAUUGAACUUGGAAAAGCAAGAAUAUCAAGAUCAAUUGAAAAGAGGUCCUUUCUAUGCGAGAGUUAUAGAUUUCCUUUUCAAAUAA